AUGGCAGACGACAACCUUUUCCCCAAUCUGUCUGAAGACGAUAUCAACAAUAUUCUUGAAAAUGCCGACGCUGUUAACACGAAGCGAGCUACCAAUACAGCUGUGAAGCUUUUUCGCCAAUACCUUACAGCCAGGAGCAUGCAGGAAAACUUCGAGCACAGCUUAUUCCUGUACCAAAGGUUGGUACCGCACACAGGAAACACAUCCAAAUACCCAGGGGUACCGCACACAGGAAACAGAUCCAAAUACCCAGGGGUACCGCACACAGGAAACACAUCCAAAUACCCAGGGGUACCGCACACAGGAAACAGAUCCAAAUACCCAGGGGUAACGCACCAGGAAACACAUCCAAAUACCCAGGGGUACCGCACACAGGAAACAGAUCCAAAUACCCAGGGGUACCGCACACAGGAAACAGAUCCAAAUACCCAGGGGUACCGCACACAGGAAACAGAUCCAAAUACCAAGGGGUACCACACACAGGAAACAGAUCCAAAUACCAAGGGGUACCACACACAGGAAACAGAUCCAAAUACCCAGGGGCACCGCACACAGGAAACAGAUCCAAAUACCCAGGGGUACCACACACAGGAAACAGAUCCAAAUACCCAGGUGUACCACACACAGGAAACAGAUCCAAAUACCCAGGGGUACCGCACACAGACAACGGAUCCAAAUACCCAGGGGUACCGCACACAGGAAACACAUCCAAAUACCCAGGGGUAUCGCACAUAG